GUUUGACAGAAUCGCUCCCUGGACUAUUUCUGGAAUUCGACUAUCAACAUGGAGACGUACACAGACGUCUUACUAGUCACUGCAAAUGUUGGAUCCCUGUUUGACAAUGUUGGUGAAAUUGAAAGAGACUGGUUACGGGAAUUUUUCACGACCGUGCACACGUACAAGCCACGGUUUGUGGCUCUGCACUUCCAGGAGGUCGGAGGGAAGGAUUACAUGGUCAACAUGGGACACGCAGAGAACUUCUUCUUGACGAUCGAGUCCAGUGCAGAGAUGAAAGAGUUUGACCGAGUCUGUGUGUAUGUGGACAGCCAUUUCAAGGCAGUGGACAACUUCACGGCUCUCGGAAGCAUGUACUUCAUCCAUAGAUCGCUGAAGAAUAUCUACCAGUACGACUUCAACAUGAAGGACUUCAGAGCCGUCUCUGGACACAACAAGUACGUCGGCUCCUUGGAUGGAGUGACCACGGUGGAGAAGGAAAAAUUCCCAAAGAAUUUCUGGCCCGAUUUUAAAUGGUCCAGGAAAGGCUACAUGAGGACACGAUGGAUCGUUCAUAAUCAGGGUUUGGACCUGGUUAAUGUUCACCUUUUUCACGAUGCCUCCAACCUAAUAGCCUGUAACUCAAGCCCCUCCAUUUAUUCGGCCAAUCGAAAGAAAGCCCUCCGAUACGUCAUUAAUAGGAUAUCAGACAGUAGCUAUAGUCCGAUGCCUUUCUUCCUGUUUGGAGAUUUCAACUUCCGCUUGGACACUCUCAGUCUAGUUCAGAACCUGUCCACGUCAGCGGACGUACAGACAGUGAAGAAAGACAGCAGUAACGAGGUAGAGAAAAUCAUCUGUGAGGAGAAAGACAAUGAUCACAAGGUCCUUCUUCACAUUGAAACAAAGCUGUUUGCCUAUCUGCACCAGGCUGUGUUCAGAGAGAACAACGGAAGAGAGCUUCUGAAGUAUGAUAAGGAGAUAACUGCCUUUCACGAUGUCAUCACAGAGGAAGACAUUCUGUUCCCGCCCAGUUAUCCAUACAGUGAGGAAUACAGCAAACCCACGCAGUAUAUGAACACGCGCUGUCCCUCCUGGUGUGACCGCAUUCUCAUGUCUCACAGUGCCUGUGACGUCAUGCACAGGGAAGGGGAACAUAAGGUAGUCUAUAACACACUUGGCCCAAACGUCUGUAUGGGAGACCAUAAGCCUGUAUUUUUAUUCUUUGCAUUGAGGACCAGUGGCAGUGGGCAUUUACAUAACAAACAGAGCCCAUCAGAGUAGUUUUCCUGUGUCUGUCAUUCAAGAACAGUGAGAUGCACAGCCCUGGAACGCUGUCAGGGGAGGGAGAUGCUUGCGUGCAUGGACUUUCUCUCCGCUACCAGUUCACCAGCCUCAUCCGAUGACUACAUGCCCAUAUUCCUGAUAGCUGCAUGUUUCACUGGACAUACACACAAAGCCAACUCUCUCUCUGUAGCUUUGGCUUUUCUCUCUCUCUCUCUCUCUCUAGGUUAAAACAUUCCUAAUUCUACAUGAGAAUAUGCUACCACUCAUUGAUCGGCUUUUCAUACAAUCAACAGUCACGCGGGGGGGGUCAGAGAGAGACAGAGGGGACAGAUUUCAGGACAGUUGACUUGCCAGAGGAGCUGUCAUUCAUCUCACCAGACCACAGUUUUUCAAAGCAUCCUGGUCAAACAGAAGAAUUCAAAACCCACACUAGCUAUGUUAAAACUAUGCGCUCAGCGAUAGCCCAUAGCAUGCCGAUUACCAAAUGUGAGCUGAAGCAUUGCAGUUAAACUGGUAGAUCAUUUCUUAAUGUCACUGUUUGUGUGUGUGUGUGUGUGUGUGUGUUUU